ACUUGUCGUCUGCCAAGGAGGAACUCGAGAAGCCAUGCGACAAGAAAUGUACGCAAGACAGCCAGACAGACAGACGGACUCUGCUGUCCAUGUGCUCUCACUGCUUGUGUCUCGAUACACACACUCACAUCGACAUGUCUAUCUGCCUGUCUGUGUGUCUGUCUGUCUGUGUGCAGCCGAGGCGUCUGCGAUAUCUGUGUCGUUGUCAUCGGUCGAGAGCGGCCGUCGCCCGCCGCCUUUGUGCCCCAUGAGCAGACUCGGCAAAGUCAGACUCCUCGCCAACCCAGACACCACACGAAGACACAUCGAUGUCAGUCAGUCGAUCAGACACACAAUAUAA